AUGCCUGUCACAAAGAAGGUGACGUCUGCAGCUGCAGCAUCUGCUGCUGCGCCGUCCUUAAAACUAUUGAACGUUAAAUUUAGACAGAUUCAAAUAUCGGCGGGAGACAUUUGGCGAUUUGUCGAUAAUUUUCAAGAAGAAUGUUCUACUUCUGAAAUUGAGGUACGCCUGGAGGAGUUAGACAGUUUAUGGGAACGGUUUAACGAUGCGUUAGUAGACAUUCAAUCGCAUGAAGACUUUGAUGAAUUCGAAAAUACCUGCGAAAAAGAUAGGCUACUUUAUAGUGAGCAAUAUUACCAUGCAAAAUCGUUUCUGAUGGAGAGAAUUAAAGAGAGGAGGAGGGUUCCGGAAAAUGAACAAACUUCUCGGGCCAACGAAAGCUUAUCACAAUCCACACUUGAUCAUGUUCGACUUCCUCAGAUCAAGUUGCAGACCUUCAAUGGUGACAUUGAAGAAUGGUUAAGCUUUAGGGAUCUUUAUACUUCGUUGAUUCAUUGGAAACCCGACUUACCUGAAGUGGAAAAGUUCCACUAUUUAAAGGGCUGCUUGCAAGGUGAACCGAAAGCCCUUAUUGACCCUUUGAAAAUUACUCAAGCAAACUAUCAAAUCGCUUGGGAUUUGUUAGUAAAGCGCUACAAUAACAACAAACAACUUCGGAAAAGACAGGUUCAAGCCCUGUUCCAACUGCCAACACUCACCAAGGAAUCCGUCUCAGAUUUGCACGUUCUUUUAGAAGGUUUCGAAAGAAUUGUGCAGACCUUGGAUCAAAUCGUACAACCGGUAGAUUAUAAGGAUCUGCUAUUGGUUCAGAUUCUCUCCUCGCGUCUCGAUCCAGUGACACGCAGAGGAUGGGAAGAAUUUUCGGCAAAUGAGGACCAAGAUUUGAUAAAAAACUUGACGGAAUUUCUGCAGAGGCGAGUUCGCGUUUUGGAAUCGUUACCAGCUAAACCAGUUGAGCAAAAACUUCCACAGCAACAAUUAUCAUCUGUUAAACCAAAACCAUUCGUGAGGCGAAGCUUUAAUACGGUUCAAACGUUCGGCAAACGUUGUGUAGCUUGCGCGUCAGAUCAUCCGCUGUAUCAAUGUUCAAGUUUUCAGCGCAUGGCAGUGACUGAUCGGGAAAAGCUGUUGCGAACGAAUCAACUGUGUCGGAAUUGUUUCAACAAGGGUCACAAGGCGGUAGAAUGCAGGUCGAAAUACUCUUGCCGACAUUGCAAGGGUCGUCAUCAUAGUCUGGUCUGCUUCGACCACGAAAGGGCAGCAUCAACAAGUUCGGAACAACGCAGAGGUGAAUCAACGCGUACGGAUUCUGACACCAGCUCCACACAAGUCACUACAUCAGCAGCAACGGUCACGAAAUCAGCGAAUACUUCACAGUGCUCAGCGCAAAUUCUUUUGGCAACCGCAGUGGUGGUUCUAGAGGACGAUUACGGUAAUCGGUAUCCAGCACGGGCUCUUUUGGACUCGGGGUCAGAGAGCAACCUACUCACGGAGCGCAUGAGCCAACGCCUGAAGGUUCCCAGGGAAAGGGUGGACAUUUCGGUGAUUGGAAUCGGGCAAGCAUCCACCAGGGUUAAGCAGAGAAUUCGAGCAUCUGUCAGAUCACGCAUUUCCGAAUUCGAACGGUCGAUGAGUUUCCUCGUUUUGCCAAAGGUAACCGCUAACUUGCCUGUCGCCUCGAUAACCACCAAGGGAUGGAAGAUUCCAAAGGGUAUUGAACUUGCUGAUCCGUCUUUUUCAAUUUCUGGUGAAGUUGACAUCGUUUUGGGUAUUGAAGCUUUCUUUGAAUACUUUGAUAGUGGCAAGAAGAUCCAUCUUGGGGCUGGGCUACCAACACUGAACUAUUCCGUAUUUGGAUGGGUAGUUUGUGGAGGGAUUUCUCAAUCUAGAACCUCUAUCUCCGUGGCGAAUAAUUCCAUUUCGGCAGAAGAAUCCCUAGAAUCCUUGAUGACUCGAUUUUGGUCCCUAGAGGAAAUCGAGUCCCCGGUCGUGUUUUCACCUGAAGAAGCUCGCUGCGAAACCCUAUUUACCCAGACGGUGCAGCGACAGCCUAAUGGACGUUAUACAGUCACUUUACCCAAGAAUGAAAACGUUUUGGCGCAACUUGGCGAAUCUAAGGAGAUCGCAUUGCGGCGUUUUCUAGCCACGGAACGAAGAUUAGCCAGAGAUGAGAACCUGAGAAGUCAAUAUAUCGCUUUUAUGGAAGAAUAUGUCAGUUUGGGUCAUAUGCGUAAGGUUCAUGAAUCAGUUAAUGAGUCAGCUUAUGAGUCUGUUGAAGAGUCAGCAGAACGGUCUGUUGGAAUGCUUCAGAAUGAGUCUGUUAAGAAGUCAGUUGAUGAGUCAGUUGAUAAGUCAGUAAGAACAAUGUCAGUGAAUGCGUCAGUAAACAAUGCCAGAAGUUUGUCAGAAUGUAGCAUGGGUCAGAAAUCAGUCAGACGCUGUUAUUUGCCCCAUCACCCGGUGGUUAAAGAGGCCAGCACCACCACGAAGCUGAGAGUGGUAUUCGAUGCUUCUUGUAAAACAUCUUCCGGAAUAUCCCUUAACGAUUCUUUGCUAGUCGGUCCGGUUGUUCAAGAAGACUUACGAUCGAUCAUCCUACGUUGCCGCACCAAACAGUUUAUGAUAGUCGCUGAUGUGGAGAAAAUGUUUCGUCAGAUUGAAGUCCACCGAUCAGAUCAAUCUCUCCAGUCAAUAUUAUGGAGAUCUUCUCCUACCGAUGAGAUUUCGACCUACGAACUUUGCACGGUGACCUACGGAACAAAACCUGCACCGUUUUUGGCCACACGCACGCUUCGACAACUCGCUAUGGAUGAGGAGGUCAAUUUCCCACUAGCAGCAAGGGCUGUUCUCGACGAUACGUAUAUGGAUGACGUAAUCACAGGAACAGAUGAUGCCUCAGAAGCCGGAACCCUACGAAGUCAACUGGAUGAAUUAAUGUCAAGCGGAGGAUUUCGCUUGAGGAAAUACGCGUCUAAUUGCUUGGAGAUCUUAGGCAAUAUACCCCAAGAAAACUUGGCUAUUCCUUGCUCGGAAGGAAUUCCUCUCGAUCUCAAUCCAUCGGUUAAAACUUUGGGCCUUACGUGGAUGCCCUUGUCAGAUGAAUUCAGCUUCCAGUUUUCUUUGCAACCUUUAGACGAUAGCGAGCCUUUAACCAAACGUCGAAUCCUAGCAAUUAUCGCUGCAUUGUUUGAUCCUUUGGGGCUACUUGGAGCUACGAUAGCAAGCGCGAAGAUUUUUAUGCAACUACUUUGGACGUUGCAAGAUGAAAAAGGAGAAAAACUUAAUUGGGAUCAGCCGGUGCCUCAAAUGGUGGGUGAGCAGUGGAAGAAAUAUAAUCGCCAACUUCCGCUUUUAAAUCAAGUCAAGCUCAAUCGUUGUGUCAUCAUACCUCAGCCGACUUCGGUGGAAUUACACUUCUUUUCUGAUGCAUCUGAGAAGGCUUAUGGUGCGUGUGCCUACGUGCGCAGUCAGAAUCGGGACGGUCAGGUAAAGGUCAGCUUGCUCACUUCAAAAUCGCGCGUAGCACCACUCAAAUGUCAGAGUAUCCCCAGGCUUGAACUCUGCGGGGCCCUUGUGGCCACAGAGCUCAAUGAACAGAUAAAAAGGUCAGUUAAAACGAGUUUGAGAACAGUUUUUUGGACUGAUUCUACAUGUGUUCUGCGUUGGCUUCAAUCGAUCCCAUCUACUUGGACCACUUUUGUCGCAAACCGAGUCAGCAAAAUCCAAACUCUAACGGAAGGUUGUCAAUGGAAUCACGUUGCCGGAAAAGAAAACCCAGCCGACCUCAUAUCACGCGGAAUAACACCGGAGGAAAUAGUAAACAAUCAAUUUUGGUGGAAUGGUCCAAGUUGGUUGUCGGAUAAUCCAGAUAGUUGGCCUAUUACCACGAGAACAUUCCCUGAAGGGGACGAAGAGAACGAACGAAGGCGUUCCACAAUUGCUGCGGCAGUUGAUUCGUUGCACUGCCAUUUGGAUGAGAUUGUGUCGGUUGCUAAAAAGGUCGAGAGUUGUCUGAACUCCCGACCGAUAACACAGUUAACAGAUGAUCCUAACGAUCUCGAGCCGCUAACUGCUUCGCAUUUCUGGCUUGGUUCCUCUCUUCAAUGUCUGCCAGAACGAGAUUUGAGAAAUGUAGCAACAAAUCGGUUGAACAAUUCACAAAUUGUGCAACAAAAAUUGCAGCAGAUAUGGUCUCGGUGGAAGCAGGAGUAUCUCUGCCAACUACAGGCUAGAACGAAGAGGUGGAACAAACCCGUAAAGAUUGAGGUUGGGAAACUGGUGGUGAUCUGUGAUGAUAAUUCUCCACCAAUACACUGGAAGAUGGGCCGGAUUCACGAAGUGCACCCAGGGAUUGAUGGGGUAGUACGGGUCGUUACGCUCAAGACUGCAACAGGGUUUAAAACCAGAGCAGUCGAACGUCUUUGUUUGUUACCCGUUCAACCAGAAAGAGAAGUUGUUGUUGAGUCAAACAUUGUGUAA